ACUUUGCCGUUUAAGACUUGUAAGUUGUUGGCGCAAUGCGUUUCUUCUCCUGCGCCCCUUUCCUUUACGACACUCUGCUUAACAGCGAGAAAAAACCUCCAGUACACUUGCAGAAACCCAACCGCUUCGUACAUGGCGUCAUCGAGACCGUGAAGUUUACUAUGGGUAUAGGAGUUUGGUUUGAGGUUAUCUCACAGGAUCAUGGCAGAGAUCAUCUUCGUGCCCUUCAAUCGUGCCAUGUUACCUGUAUCGAACACCAUCGCUCAAGCCAGGGGACCAUCUGCCAUGAGCUGGUCAUCGUUUAUAUACAGUCAGGCAAUGACGAAGAAGUACGGGCAGGAAAAGCAGACUCGAGAGUUAUGGUGAUUGAACGGUUCAAACAGAGGUCGUCGUCUACAAUUGAGUGCAUAAGGCAUUCAGUGCAAGAGUGCAACUCGGGAAAUGCUGACCUUAUCACUAUUGGAGCCGACCUCAAGGAUGCCUGUCCUGACAUCAACUCGAAGUACGGUCUCAUCCAGAAAUUUGAUAUACCACUUGGGAAAAUGGACAUAAUCCAUUGCGCUUCUCUUGGUCUCUCUAUCAUGCAGAGUGCAGAGAACUAUAGUACCCUAUACCAUAUGUGCCAUUGGUCUGCGGCACUAUUUUUUCAUACUGCAAGGUCCCUGUGCAUGGGAGACGACUCAGAUGCAUGUCUUAUUGAGCAUGGGCCCUUAUAUGCAGACCGUGGAAAGGUAGCAUCAGUGCGUCUUGUUACGGACAAUUGUGCUCUGCUUCCCGGUGGUGCACUCACUCUGGAUCACAUCCUCAAGCAAGUCCAUGUUGGGAUGAUGAAGGAGGGGAUGACCCAGGGAUUUGUAACCGCGUUUGAAACAACUUUUCGAGCCGACAUCGAAGCGAUGGACAAAAACCCAGAGUUGAAGAAAGCACCGGUACAACAGAUGCUCAUCAGCAACACAAUGUCUAUGACUGUCCGGGGUAAUCUGGAGAAGGCAGACUCCUGUGAAGUUCGGGAGCAUAGGGUUGCAGAUCGGGAGAGGGAGGUUGCAAAGAGGGAGCAACGGCUCACACGUGCACUUGAGAACCUGGAGUGAGCUUGAGGAGGCCACUCACCAAAAGACUAAAGUUGGGUCAAGUGGACUGAGUCUAACUUGGAUUAAAUUGUAUUGGAAGGUAUAUGGAUUCUUUACAAACUAGGUAGAUACACCAUUUCUUGCUUUCUAUUUACCUACAGCUUUGAUAGCUACUGUUAGAGAUAGGCA